ACCAAUGUCGGGUCGUUGAAGGCAGUGAUGGUGGCCGAGCGACUGCGAGCCUGCCUGGAGGAGGUAUUAGAACAGAUUCUGGCUACAUCUAACAAAGAUGACGAUGAAGUCGCUUUCAAGGAGCGUCUUGCCGGUGCUGUGAUGGAGAUGCUUAAUCGGCCCUCCUUCGGCUUUGACUCGACUGUCAAGGAAUUAUUAAUGGAUAUUUAA